ACUCCCAAUAAGACUUUUAUAAGUUGAUGCGCGUGAGUCAUCCCUGCUAGUGAAAGGUCAGGGAGGGUUGGUUUGCUGAUGUUUGAUAUGCCGGAGGAUUGCGCGCUAAUGAGACUCUUUUUUUUCGGGUUUAAACUCUUUGAAUCCUCUAAUCUCCGUGCGCGCGGCUCCGUGAUUAGAGCGCCGGUCGCGAGAUCGGGUUUCCCUUCAUUCCCGCCCGCCGCAGAGAACACGCAGUAUUUGAUUUCUGCUCCACAUGGUUUCCACAAUGCUGAAGCUCUUUAACAGCAUGCCCUUAUUUACGCCCUCGCGUACGAGUCCAUCUUGCGAAUCACAAUGGGUGUCGAUGUUUCGUAGCGGUUCAGUAAAUGAGGUUUAACGCGUCGCCUACAGAUCCAUCGUUAAGUUGAAAGGGAACGCGUGGAGUUAUAGUUUAUUAGCUUGUAAAUUUAGGUACAUUUGUGGGGGGAAAUAAACCGAAUGCUCUGCAUCUGUUUUAAGCUUUAAAUAUAGGUCGGUGACAAAUAAGAAUGUUCGAAAUUGAAAGUUUUAAAAGUCAUGUGCUUAGACUUUGCAUUGCGUUUUCGAGAAAUAGCUUAUCCUUACGUAAAAUGCGUACGCGUGUGUAUGUUAAGAACAUAGUACCCGAGCAAAAAAAAAAAAACACAAAUAUGUGAUUGAGAGUAGCUUUUAAAAUCUGGAAGAUACGCAUCCAGUGAUCUGACAGUCCUUCAUAUUUACUUUUUAUCUGCUGAUAGUUUUAAGCCCCACAGAAAAGAAAAAAAUCUAAUGAUUUUUUCAAGAAAUUGAAAACGUUUUGAAAGAGCUCUACUUACGUAUUUUUAAAUAAAUAACGUUACAUCACGCAGAUUAUGCAUUUACAAUUUUGAUACGUUUAUUACACACACACACAUCACGAGCUGUCCAUGGUUCUGAAAGAAAAAAAGGUAUAUCAGAAGUCAUCUGUAUAUUUGCGGUCGCCCGCAUAAUUUUUGUUUCCAUCAUGUCUUUCAUUCCUUUGCUCGAGUCAAGGUAGAGUUAUCGUUUUUGUCUCCAAGAAGUGGUAUGCCUGUAAGUUUCCUUUUAAACUGAUCAGGUUUUUCCUGUUAUUUAAGCAACAUAAAAACAAACGUGAAGACCGAAAAUAAACUUGCACGUGGGACAUUAAAGCGGGGUUUGAACCGAAAACAACGGGUUUUGAAUGAAUCGCUUAAUUGGAGAAGCCCACGUGACUGCAGGUUUUCCUCCGGUCAUAAGAACAGGUGGUCGCACCGAUCAAACAUACACACCGAGAGUCCUCCUCCUUUUAUGACCGGAGCCGUCCAAAAGUUGUCAGGCGCGACGUUACGUCUGAGAAUCUCCUCAUAAAUUCUAGUGAGCCGAAGUUGAAGUCCAGUAGUUGUUUUGUACUUGUCGAGCGGGUCACUCAUGAAGGUGGAGGAAGAUCUGAGGAGCGGCGGCGGAGGAGCGGGGACCGGUGCUCGGGGCAGCAACGACUGCUGCAUCACCAGGCUGCUGAGCGUCGUGGAGAACGAGUUACAGGCCGGCCGAGAGAAAGGAGACCCCACUGAGAAACAGCUCAAAGUCACCCUGGAAGACGCCGAGCUCUGGAGAAAAUUCAAAGAAGUGACCAAUGAGAUGAUCGUGACCAAAAACGGCAGGAGGAUGUUUCCAGUUCUGAAGGUCUGCGUGACGGGUCUGGAUCCCAACGCCAUGUAUUCGUUCCUGCUGGACUUCAGCCCUGCAGACGGUCACCGCUGGAAGUACGUAAACGGCGAGUGGGUCCCUGCGGGCAAACCUGAGCCUCACAGUCACAGCUGCGUCUACAUCCACCCCGACUCGCCCAACUCCGGCGCCCACUGGAUGAAGGCCCCGGUGUCCUUCAACAAAGUCAAACUGACCAACAAACUCAACGGAGGUGGCCAGAUCAUGCUGAAUUCUCUCCAUAAGUACGAGCCUCAGAUUCACAUUGUUCGUGUAGGAGGCAGCCACAGGAUGGUGACCAACAUCUCUUUCACAGACACUCAGUUCAUCGCUGUUACAGCCUACCAGAAUGAAGAGAUAACCGCGCUGAAGAUAAAACACAAUCCGUUUGCCAAAGCUUUCCUUGACGCGAAGGAAAGGAGCCAUCCUAAGAAUCACCUCGAACCUCCAGCUGAAAACCAGCAUAUGGGCAUACCACACUGUGGAUGGUUCCUAUCAAAUCCAGACACUCUUUGUUCUGCUGGUGGAGGUAACUUUCCGUACCCAGGAGGUUUACCACUUACUCCCCAUCAUGGGUACAAACACUACCCAGGCCUGCACGGACACCGAGCUGCCCCGUACCCACCGCCCUACCUGCCCCGCCACCAUCACCACCGGGGCCAUAACUCAGUGUCUCUCUCUGAGAAUCUGAGUCCAGGUGCUAUGCAGAUGUUCUCUGGUCACGAGGGAUGGACAGGCAUGUCUCCUCCAGGUCCUGCUGCGAUGCUGUCCAUGCAGCCUGCUCCGAGCUCACCUGGAACCAGCAGUCAGUACCCGUGCCUGUGGACCGUGAGCAGCUGCACCGUAUCAUCCAGUCCUCCAGGAGGCAUCGUGAGCAACACACACAGCCAGGAGGAGCCCACGGAUGGAGGCUCCACCUCAACAUCGCCCUGCUCUCUGCUGCAGGGCCACGGACCAACCAGCUCUGAGGGUGCUGUCAGCCAGGCCAAUCACAGCAGGGCGGGCGGGGUGAGCUGGCCUUCUGUCUCCACCCACUCGUUUUGAGUGUUCUUGUUUAUUUGCAAAGAAAAAGGUGUACGUGAUCUCUGAAGAUCAUGAGCGUAAAGCCGGUUCUGACGUGUCAGUGGUCCUGUCCCAAAUGACUCAGCCUUUUUCUCUGAUUCUACGCUUAAUGGCUUCGUGGGAAUAAAACAAUCCUGUAGGAACUAAAUGCUGUCAGGAGUUACUCCUUAUCGUGAAAAAAAACAUCGAUUUAUUUGAUUUUCCUGGAAUUAACAAUAGGAUAUUUGAGGUACCUAGCAAAUCUGCCUUGAAGAAAAACAAAUGAUCUCUGUAAUUAACGGAAAAGCCCAGGCCAUAAGAUCACAAAUCCAGACAGGGCCAUCUUUUAUCUUUUACGGUAGAAAAAAAUCUUUUUGCGCUUUCAGUGUGUUGUAAACUUGUCAUAAUAUCAUAUUUCAGUGUAUUACAAGUCUUGCAAUGAAUCUGAGCACAUCUUUUUGUUGUAACUAUAAAUGUACAUUAGCGUUCAAAAGUUUGGGAUCGGUGAGAUUAUUUUUAAUGUUCUUUUUGAGUUUUGCAGUCUCUUAUGUAAACCAAGGCUGCAUUUAUUAUGCAAUAUUAUUAUUUAAAGUAACUGUUUUCUAUUGUAAUGAUUGUAAGUGUAAUUUAUUCCUGUGAUGGUGAAGCUGGAUUUUCCCCAUCGUUAUUAAUUCUUGUCACGCGAUCCUUAGAAAUCCUUCUAAUGUGAAAAUUUUCUGUUCAACAGACAUUUCUGAUUAUCAACAAUGUUGAAAACCUAACUGCAUUUUAAUGGAAAUUGUGAUAUUUUUUUCAGCAUUCUUUAAUAAAUAGAAAGUUGAAAAGAUCAGCUUUUAAUUAUAAUAGAAAUCCCUUUUUACAUUAAGCUUAGUGACCCCAGACUUUUGAAGGGUAUUGUACAUGUACCAGAAACUUGUACCUUUAUCUUUUCACAAUCCGCUUUUAUACGUUUGUACAGUCUGGUCAAAAGUUGAAAGCUGUUAUCUGCACACAGAACAUCUGACUGGAGUGACUCAGAGCGAAAGCUUAAUACAACCACAACUGUGGUAAAACUCUACAAUUAGGCCCCAGCAUAAAUGGUUGGUUAAUCAAUUUAACCACUUUGGCUUGUGGAACAAGGCAGUGUUUUGGCAGGCACCGUGAUUUCGCUCUUACCUGGUCUUUUUACCUCCACAACAGCAGACACAUUCAUUCACAAUCUCACUCUCUCGCUCUCUCUCUCUCACACACACACACACACACACACACACAUUCAUUGCAUUCACACUUUCACAGACAGAAACACAAACACAUUAAAGUUGCAUUCACACAACUACACACAGCUCUGCUUCCUCCAAAAGCAGGCCUCACUUAUCUGCAGUUUUAAAACGAUGCAUAAAUAGAAGACAAUUAUUCCCCCAUCAUAUUUUUCCGCUCUUGAAAAUGUUAUUUUAAUCGUGCUGGUGGAGUGGACCACUCUGUUGUUUUCACAUGAGUGUAAAAAAUAAUGACGGCUGUCCAGUGAAUGGGCCCUUGGCAUAUUUAGACCACUAUGGGCAUGCAGCUCUCUCUCUCUCUCUCUCUCUCUCUCUCUCUCUCUCUCUCUCUCUCUCUCUCUCUCUCUCUCU